AACUCGGUCAGUCGUCGGCUAUGGUUGUCGAGUUGUUGGUUUGUGUUUGUUAGUUUUGUUAGUUUUUUUAAACUUCAGCCUGAUUCACUUCACUAACUAGCCUACUGUUAGCCUAGCCUGUUUAGCCUGCUAGCAGCUCAGGGCACUUUCCAGACUCCACACGCCAGACUCCGUUAACAUAUCGUUGAAUUUAACCUCGCUUUGCUCCUCGGUAAACAAAUACUACUCCUAAAACACAAUUUAAUAAUCUUUACGUAUUAUGUAGACGUUCUUACUAAUUUGGCUCAACAGUCAACUCAAAACAGUGCUUAUUUAAAUUGCUUUUAAACUUGAUUAGCGCAGUUAUGGAUUAUACGUAUUUGCGGGUUAAGUUAAACGGAGCCUGGUGGUGGUGCUGCUGCUGCUGCUAAGACAUCACUUAAUAUUUAUUUACGGUUCAUCAACACACUUGUUUACUCGACUGUUAUUUAAAACAAAAUAGUACUUACUAUAACUGCAUAUAAAAAAACAUUCUAAUAAUAAACAUCAAUAUUCUGCCUUUCUAUACCUGCUGAUUUAUUAAACAAAAGUCCUACUAAGUGAAACACAGCGCCGAAUUUCUCAGAAGAUUAUGAUUAUUUGUAAAAGUCGGUUUUACCAGGUAUGUGGGCGUCCUGCUGUAACUGGUUGUGUAUGGACUCAGCUGAUGUUGAACACACUGGUGAAGGUGAGCGUCGGAAUCAGUCCUACAGUAACUCAGCGUUCACCAGUCAGCCGUCUUCUCCUCUACCUGAGCACACCUGUAAGGCCUGCGGGGGGCGUUUUGACACACCUGCCAAGAAGCAUGUGUGUAUGGACUGUAAGAAGAACUACUGCAGUCGUUGCUCUGCCCAGAUGGAGCCCCGCCCCCGCCUCUGUCACACCUGUCAGCGUUUCUACGGGAACCUGCUGGAGCGGGCUGAGCUUAUGAAGCUCAAAGUGAAGGAGCUCAGAGACUACCUGCACCUGCAUGAGGUCUCCACCCACCUGUGCAGAGAGAAGGAGGAGCUGGUGGAACUGGUCCUGGGGCAGCAGUCUUCACCAUCCAGCGGCUCAGCCCCCGAGACUCCUGACCCCCCCUCUGUGAGCUCUGACCCCCCCAUCUCCACCUUGACCCCUGAUCCCCCCACACCCACCCCGAUCCUGACCCCUGACGCUCCUGCUGCACAGCCUGAAGCCCCGAACCCUCCCACAGAGACCGCCCCUGCUGAGCCCGAGGUUCAGGAAGAAGACCAGACCUGGGACCCCGAGGAGCCCCAGGUCUCAGGUCGCAGAGCCUCUCUGUCGGACCUGAGCUGUCUGGACGACAUCGAGGCGCUGAGUGUCCGACAGCUGAAGGAAAUCCUCUCCAGGAACUUUGUGGACUACAAAGGAUGCUGUGAGAAGUGGGAGCUGAUGGAGAGAGUGAGCCGGCUGUACCAGGAUCAGCAGAACUUACUGGCUGCCAACACCGUGAGCGCUGAAGAGUCCGGCUGCAGCGCUGCAGGUCCGGAGGAGAACCUCUGUAAGAUCUGCAUGGACUCUCCCAUCGACUGCGUCCUGCUGGAGUGUGGUCACAUGAUCACCUGCACCAAGUGCGGCAAGAGGAUGAGCGAGUGUCCCAUCUGCCGCCAGUACGUCGUCAGAGCCGUGCACGUCUUCAGGUCCUGAACCAACCCUGACCUGGACCCAGGACCAACUGUCUUCAGAGCAAUAAACUGCAAACACAUCUUCCUGAAGGGACCCUCUACAGAAACAGAAUGCUUUUAUUUUGGUAGCUUUAUUUUUCUAGUGUAAAUAAGACGCCACGUUGGACUGUGCUGAAGAAUAAGAAGUGACCUUAUGUGAUCUUCAAAGCUGAACACUCAGACUGACUCUGCAGCUCCACAGGAGGUGGAUCACAUCUGAUCUAUAAACCAACAAUUGUCUGUGCCUUCGCCAGCUCAUCUCUGCCCCCCACCCACUCUGCCCUGACAACCGUCAGUCCUCCUCCGUGUGAAGAAGGUCUUAACCAACACCAUGAUCCAGCAGUGACACCUGAAGGUGGAAAUCUACCAAAGAGAAAUGUGGCUUUAUCUGGACAGGUGAGGAGGGUCCAUCCAAACCUGCACAGUGUCAGCGAGUGAUCACAUGACCUCUAAAUGAACACAUGCACAUACAGUGUUCUUAUCGCAGCCUUCAGUUUGUUUACAGUCUGCAGUGAGUUUACACUGUAAAACAUAACUAAGUGAAGUAAAACAGCAGAAGGUGUGCAGGGUACUGGGCACUCAAAUAUAGAACUAUAUAAAAUCAACAGCUCGUAGCGGUGAUACACAGACAGGAAAGACUAAGAAUAAAUAUAAACAUGGCUGGACUCAGCUGCAGACUGUUCACAAGAGGUUUUCCACGCUUUCAUGAAGCCUCAGGACCUGAUUUAUCUGCAUCCUGAGGACAGUUCAUGACAGUACUGUUGGUCCUGUUUGGUAUCAGGACUGACAGAGACCUGGGACCGCUUCCAGACCAAAGCCGAAAGUUCUUCUACUUUGAGACAUCAGCCUUAUCUUUCUGUGCUAACUCACUCAUGGACUUCUGUGUAGUAAAAUCCAAACUAAGCAGUGUCACUCCAGCAGCCAAUCAGAGCAGAAAAACAACAUGUUGAUUAAACUGCCGUCAGAUCAGAUUAUCAGCAGGAUCAUGACCUGACACUGGGCCCGCCCCCUGCCUCAGGUGACUGGUCAAUCACACCUUUACCCUCUGACGUGUAGGUGAGCAUCCUACAGCAGACAAGUGAACAUGUUCACAGUUAACGGGAUAGUUGGGGUUAUUUGGGGGGGGUGAGGUAGACAUGCAAAGUCAGUGUGUUACCUGCUGUA